AUUAUUACAUUAUUAUAUUAUAAGCAGAACUCUAAAGUGCGGGACUGUUUCCAGCAUUCCAACCAGGCAAGAUGACCCACUACACCAGGGUCUGGUGAGGACCCCCACACCUGCAGAGUUCAGCCCCUCUCCACAACCCUGAGGGGUCCACACGGUUACCAUGGUGAUGAGAAGCUGCCUGGUAACCAUGUGACCCUCACAAUAAGCGCGCCCCCCCCCACAUCACACAGAGAUCUGACACUCGAUCGCCCUGGUUGACCAAACACAGACCAGAGAGAGGAGAAGAGAGAGGACGUCUUCACUGCAGCUCGUCAAACUACAGACCAGGACGACCACAGACCAGGAGGAGGACCACAGACCACAGACCAGGAGGACCACAGACCAGGAAGGCCACGGACCAGGAGGAGGACCACAGACCACAGACCAGGAGGAGGACCACAGACCAGGACAACCACAGACCAGGACGACCACAGACCAGGAGGACCACAGACCAGGAGGAGGACCACAUACCAGGAGGACCACAGACCAGGAGGAGGAGCUGAGGAGUUCAGUUCUAUUCUAUCCUCCAGAUUUAAAUCUGUGGAGGACAAAGCUCUACUGGGUCCUGGUGUUUCACUGGUUGCAGGUCCUGGUCCUCGUUCAGGUCCUGAAUGAACCCUGAUCGUCUUUCUCUCGACACAGCGACAUCACAGGCGUCCUUCGAGGACCAGUCCUCUUCACAGUUUGUCUGCUGAACGUCUUUGACUUGAAGACUCGAGAACUAAGAACAGGGACUCUAGUCUGGACCCGGGCCUCAGCUGAAAUACACACCAACGGUUCCUCUUCUGGCCCAGUUUUUCCUGCUCUGGUCUGGGGACAGUCAGGAUGUUCUGGAAGAAUACGGCGUGGUCUUGGGACGAUGCAGCAGGUAACGAUGACGAUGACGACGGUGGCUAUCUGCUCGCAGCCGACCUCAGGCAGACUCCAGACUCUCCUCCAGAUACCAACCUGAACCACGUCACCACCUCCACCGGCCCGUCCAACUGCACCACGUCCACUGCUGGACUCAAAGACCAGAUCAACCACAGCUGGACCCACAGUGGCCCCCAUGGUCUUGACCCCCACUACGGUCCAACCAACACCACCUACAGCGGCUACGUCUCCACACUCUACACCAACAACAGCCAGCUCAUCGCAGCCAGGGACAGAAGCAGCCAGCUACUGACGGUGAACAUCAUCCGAGGAACAGACGGGUUUGGAUUCACGAUCUGCUCCGACUGUCCCGUCAGAGUCCAGGCUGUCGACCCCGGGGGUCCGGCCCACAAGUCUGGACUCCGUCACGGAGACUCGGUCCUGCAGCUGAACGGACUUCCUGUAGAAACCUGGAAGUGUGUGGAACUCGCCCACGCCAUCAGGAGUUGUCCGUCUCACAUUGUGUUGGUUGUGUGGAGAGGUUUACCUGAGCUAAGAUCAGGAUCUGAAACUUUGCUCCGCCCACCAACCGACGACACAACGACAGGCAGGAAGUUGCUACCUCACCCUGCCCACAGCAAAGAUGGCCACAGACGAGGUCAGGGCUUCUUGGUCAAGUCCAGUUUUGCUGCUCUGGGUUCUCUGUGGAGGGACAGGAAGGAGGAGGAGGACCUGGACCAGGAGGAGGACCAGGAGGAGGAGGUGGAGGAGUACUCUCGCCACACCACCACACUAAAGGGCACCAGGGUGACAUCAUCAAAUGGAGACAAUUACAUCAUCCUGUCACCUGUCAAUCCAGGAGGACAUCACCUGCAUCCAGUUUAUCACGACCGGACCGGAACGAUCGGUCAUCUGUACCAGACUCACCCCAGCAGAGAUCAGAACCUGCUCCACAGCCCUCGAUCUGGAUCCACCCUGCCCCCGCCCCUAUCCUCCACCCCCUCCUCCUCUUCUUCAGCCAUGCCUAGUAACUAUGGCAACUACCAGAACUGCACCAUCGUCCAAUCACAUCUGCCCUGCUCUGGUUAUGAAAGCUAUGCCACACUGGCACCAAAAACCCUCAUCUUCCCCAUCUUUGUUCAGCCCCUGGAUCUGUGCAGCUCUGACAGAACUUUACUGAUGUCAGAGGAAAUGAUUCUACAUCAGGCCGACCUGCUGCCUGCAAAGGUGACUGUGUUGAUCUACAAUGACCUGCUGCUGUUGACCAGAGAGGAUGAGGCUGGACACUGCAACGUCCUACAGAGUCCAGUGUUCCUGAACACACUUAGACUCCGAGAAGUGUCCACGGAGCCGCUCCACCUCUACUUCCUUCAGACAUCUCAGACUUUCGUCCGUUGCGUCUUCAGUCUCGAGUCUUUCAGCGUCGAGCAGAAGGUCAGAGUUUGUCUCUGUCUCCGUGACAACAUCCAUCAGCUGCUAGUCACAACUGAAACCAGACACAGCCUCCAGACCUCCCUCUCCCUGCUCCUCCUCUUCUCCACCUCUUUUCUCCAUACACACCUCCUCCUCCUCUUCCUCUUCACCUCCUUCGAGGACGAUCAGUGUCCUACAUCACGUCCUCCCCCCACCUCCCUCAUCGUCCUGUUCCAACCAGAGGAGUCAUGGCCGAGCGGAGGAGGACGAGAGGAGGAAGAGGAGGAGGGAAGAGGUGGAAGAGGAGGAAGAGCGGCAGCAGGGGGAGGGGGAGAGCGCCUCAGAAACAUCAGAGAGAGUGGGGGGGCGGGGCCUCCUGCUGAAGGAGGAGGAGUUCACCUACAGACCUGCAGGUCAGUCAGCUGUUCUGUGAUUGAUUUGAUUGGUUGUUGCUCAGUCCUGCGUCGCUCGCUCUCGGAGGGUUCUCUGCUGCAGGAACCUCGAUCCUCCCGCUUCCUGUCCGACAGCACCAUCCACCGUGUCAGCUGCGCUGUGAGCUUUGACCCUGACCCUAGAUCAGGCUCCGCCCCCCUGCUAACCUCCCCCCACACUCUGAGGAAACAGCUAACUGGACAGGGGGGGUCUCUGCACCACAUGCUGCUGCUGCUUAAUGGCACCAAGGACCACCACCUGAGGGAGAAGACCAAGAGUCUAGCUGACGAUGUUUGGAGAAGCCUGUCGUUUCUACGGAGACGGAAAAACUGUACCCUUUUCCAUGGCAGCAGUUUGGACAAAGCUCUGAGAAACAAAAGACCAUCUCCAAGGGAGGUGCUCAAGUGGGCGGAGAGUCUGGAGGCUCUGCUGACAAAUCAGUAUGGUCUGGUGGUGUUCCGACACUUCCUGAGGUCAGAGUUCAGUGAGGAGAAUCUGGAUUUCUGGUUGGCUGUGGAGAGAUUUAAAAGGAUACGCCCCCUGAGCAAGAUGGCUGCCAGAGCUACAAAAAUCUAUGAAGAGUUCAUUUCUACCAAUGCAGUGAGACAGGUCAACGUGGACUCCUCUGUCAGAGAAUGGACCAAUCACAGCCUGCGUCUCUAUGCUCACCCCACCUCCUUCAAUCUGGCCCAGGAUCAGAUUUUUGGCCUAAUGGAGACUGAGAGCUACCCACGAUUCCUCCGGUCCCGCCUCUUUGCCCGGUUGGCCAAUCAGACCUCACAGCCACCAUGUUAGCCAGCCAGAGAGGAGCUGGGUCUCUGCCUGUCAUCCAAUCGUGAGUGAAAAAGAGGAGGAAGAGUUUGGCCAAAUUUGAGGAGGAACUGAUAGUCGUCCAAUCUGAGGAUUUGAUCUGAUCAGAGGCUCUGAUUGGCUGACAGUCGGCGGCUUCUCUCCUCUCUUCAGAGAAACAGCAAACAAUAAAAGACAUUAUCUAUCCAAGUGCAUUAUGGUAAAUGUAGGAUCAGGAGAUGUUCACCUCUGCUACUCAGAUUUCUGGUUUUAUAAUUUUUUCACUGGCCGACCAAACCUUCAUGGUCCCAAUCAGCGUUUCCUGUAGCACCACCAUCAGGUCACAUUUUGAUUUGUCCUGUACAAUGUGACACUAAUGCCAUUCUCAUGAAGUGUUUACUGCUAAUUAGCUAAUCAUAGCAUGCUAUCACAACAUGACACCUGCUGCUAGACAUUAACAUGUUAGCACUUAGCAUUUAGCUCAGGAACAUUCUCACUGUGCUGCUAGCAUGACAGUCGACUGUAUAUGAACGUUGUAUGAUGAACAACACGUAGACUCACAUGUUUUGUAACAGAUUAACAGAACACGAACCAGUUAAUGAAACAUUACUGACUGUAACUGUUGAUAAUAAAGUCCUGAUUCUUC